UAGUUUAAUAAUGUGUAGAUCACACAGUUCAUUUUAAUACCUCAAUCUGAAAGAAACCAGCUGAAAUCAAUACUCAAAUAUCUAGUUCGUUGCAUUAUAUUAGAUAGUUAGAACCCGUGUCACUUUAAAAUUGUCAACUUCUUUUACUUUUCAUUUUGUUUUUGUCUUUUAAAUUACUUAACAAAUAACCAAACUCCUAACGACUCCCGGCUAGAAGAGUAGUUGUAGAGAGAGAGAGAGCAAAAACAUUGUCAUUUGUAGAGAAGAAAACGACGAGAAUUUGAAGGUGUUGCCGGAAAACUUGAGGCUGAUUAAGCUUAUAGAAUAAAUAAAGAAUGAGUGGGUCUCGGUUCAUAAAGUGUGUGACCGUCGGCGACGGAGCAGUGGGUAAAACUUGUCUCCUCAUUUCCUAUACCAGCAAUACUUUUCCCUCUGAUUAUGUCCCAACUGUAUUUGACAAUUUUAGUGCAAAUGUGGUUGUGGAUGGAAGCACUAUUAAUCUGGGUCUGUGGGAUACUGCAGGCCAGGAGGAUUACAAUAGAUUAAGACCCUUGAGCUAUCGUGGGGCAGAUGUAUUUAUACUAGCAUUUUCUCUCAUCAGCAAGGCCAGCCACGAAAAUGUCUUCAAAAAGUGGAUUUCUGAAUUGAGGCAUUAUGCCCCUGGAGUUCCAAUCAUUCUUGUUGGGACAAAGCUAGAUCUUCGUGAGGACAAGCAGUUCUUUUUAGACCAUCCUGGUGCAGUACCUAUUACCACGACUCAGGGUGAAGAGCUAAGAAAGUCAAUUGGUGCUGCGGCUUACAUUGAAUGUAGUGCCAAAACACAGCAGAAUGUGAAGGGUGUUUUUGAUGCGGCUAUUAAGGUGGUUCUACAACCGCCCAAGCAGAAGAAGAAAAAGAAGAGAAAGGGUCAGAAAGCCUGCUCUAUCUUGUGAUUUUUCCAAAAGAAUGACAAAGAAAUGGAGAUGUAGACUAUUGUCAACCGAUUCCUACCUCAAAGAGUGCAGCAUAUUUGUUACUGCUUGGUAGUCUUGACUAAACACACUAGAAAAGCAUCAACCUGGCUAGUGAUUGAGAUAUGGUAUGAGCAGAAAAGAGCGCCCUUCGUCUCUUUCUGAGUUAAAUUUAUAUAAUCUAUGUAACAUUUGUAAGAUGAUUAUUACUUGCCUUGGCAUCUCAUAUGUAUUGUUGUAGUGGCACCCAACACGCUGAUUUAGAUUCUGCAAGAGGUUGGAUGUGCUAUUGUCAUUGUGUUGAAACAUUAAGAUGUUGUAAACUUGUAAUGUAUGCUGCGUGUAUAUAUUUAAUGAUUUCUUGGUUUCUUGAUGGAAAA